GGCUAUUGCUGCGGUGGUUAAUGCCGUCCUCUUCCGCUGCCAGAUGGCGAGCAAUGACGCGAACUUCAAAGCGGCUGUUCGUGCACGGUGCAAGCUGUUGGCGCUUCCGACGACUGGGCGGUGCUUGGAUGUGGCUGCCAUUUCCGACGCGGUGCUGGAGGUCUGCUACGCGAUGGGGUGCGGGGGGUUUCCAAGGGCGACUCCACGGUGGUGGGUGAAGCGGCGAACGGGCGGCACGUGGGAGGAUCUGCGGCAAUGUGAUGACGCAACGGAUGAUUACUUCAAGGAGAAGCUUCGAACGUCGCCUCGUGUUUUCCACGAGAUCGCGGAGACUUUUUCCCCACUCCUUCAACUCCGUGUGACGUUCUACAGGGUGCCUUUGCAGCCAGACCACAUCAUUGCGUAUGCACUGUACAGGUGGGCCACGGGGGAGACGUACGACAGCGGGAAGUGUAGCUUCGGCAUCGGGAGGGCUUCCGGCAUCACGGCGGUGCGUGAUGUGACGGCGGCGUUGCUGACUGCUUACCCCGACAAGAUAUCAUGGCCCAGAGGUUUGCAGAAGGCGGUCGUGUUCCGCGCCUUCGCUGACAAGGGGUUUCCAAACUGCCAUGGGUGCAUCGACUGCACACAUAUCUACAUCGACAAACCCGCGAACGCCAACGGUGAGGACUACUGCGACAGGAGACGUCGAUUCUCCGUGCAGGCGCAAGUGGUGGUCGACAUGAACUUGCGUGUGCUGGACGUCUUCGUCGGUUAUCCGGGGAGUGUGCAUGACAUGAGGAUGCUGAACCUGUCGAGUUUGUGGGUGCGCGCGGAGUCAGGACAACUUUUCACUGGGCCGCAUGUGAUGCUGCCUUUCGGUGUGCGGACUAAUGGCUACUUGCUCGGUGACAACGGUUAUCCGCAGUCGGAAUGGAUAGUCGUCCCUUACGGCAGUCUCCCUCAACACCCGACGGAGGCACGCUUCGACAACAAACAGAAGACGGCCAGGGGAGCAGUGGAGAGGGCGUUUGGCAGACUGAAAAUGGAGGUUGUUCCUCCGCACCCACAAGUGCAACAUGGACAGCUUGCCACAACAAUUCAUCGCCCGUCGUCGUCGUCGUCCUCGGGGGGACCUGUCCCCAGCCAAUCCAACCGUUUCGCCUCCAUCGAGGAGGCCAACGUGGCGUCGUGCGAGAAAGUGACCCCGCACUUAGACGCCCAAUCGGGAAUGUACGCAGGUGGGGGGGCGAAGGUCGGAGACGGUCUCCCCAACUUGUCCGUCAUGACCUGCGCGGAUUGCGUGAUGUGUCGGCGGGCGUCGAACUGCCGGUUCAUGGACGCCAGCAAUGAAAACCCAAGCGUCGUAAUGCGAUCUCGGAUCGUCCCCCGCCAUUCGCAUAAUCCACAUCGUGGCGGCAAGCAAAUACCUCAUCGCCUCUGCCAUCCCCUUCAGACGCUCGUACGACACUCGACCGCCGUCCAUAGCUUCUGUCGUGCCAACUGCGCUUGUGAAAUCCCGCACUCAUCGUCCUCGUGCCUGUCCACUAUGUUCACGCCCACGAACCACAAAGGCAACUUCAUGUCUACGUCCAAUGUGGUGCGGAACAACAUUGGGCUCACCAAACUGCGCCAGUCCUCUGCUGACCACAUUGCUCUAGCGAUGUCCGUGGCAGCGUGAUUCAACGCGUAUUGGUAUGCCAAGUGAUA